UAUAUUUUUAUUAAUAAAUUUAUAAUUUUAAUGAUUUUUGUGAAUAAUAUAAUUUAUAUAUUUUAUAAAUUAAAUUAUCAAAAAUUUAAUAAAUUUAAGCAAGAAUUAAUAAUAUUAUUCAAAUUUAAAGAUCUUGAAGAGAUUAAUUUAUUUCUUAAUAUUUAA